GUUAAGGAAGUUCCAGGCUGUCGCAGGAAUGGAAAAGGCAAGACGAACCCGCUAAUUGAUUUUGUUUCUUUAUUUCUUUCUUACAAGAGAGAUAAAGCAGAGCAGAGCAGUAUCCAAUUCAAUGCUUUGGUUGGCAGAGCAGCAGCCCAGCAGUGAGAGAAAGUCUGCAUGGCGGAGUAGUGAGAGAAAGAAAGAAAGAAAGCUGUGUGCAAUCGAUCAUUCAUUAUCCCGAAGAUUCAGUAAUCGGAAAUGAGUUGUAACCUUCUUUUUAGACAUCACUCUCGUGCCUAUAUAUGGUUAGAUAAAUCUGCAACUGUACCCCCCAGCCCCAUGUAAUCAAAGAUUUUUUCGUCUUUAUCUUUCUCGGCCACGCCCACGCCCUCCCCUUCGCCCUCUAAUAAUAUCCUCAUAUUCUUUUCUGUAAAACCUCCUCUCCUCUCGUCUCAAUGUGGACUGUCAUUCAGAAGCCCUGUUUUUUGUAUAAGAAAAGCCUUACUUGGCCAAUCUGAGAAGAACAAAUGGAUUCUUCUCCAGGAAACGGCGUCGUACGCAACAAUUCGGAAGAACUACUGCAUAUGCUUGACAACCAAUGCAAUCCUCCUUCCGGCAUACCCACAAGUCGACUUGAAAGACUGUUACGCAACAGAGUGUUGAGGAGGUCCAACAGGGCAUCUCCAUCUAAUGAAGAAUCAAUUGACGGCCAAGGGGUUGUAGACGUGGCAGGAAACAUGAAUGACCUAUGUUUAUCUGAGUGUGAGAAUGGACAUCGAGAGGAAGAGUUACUCAGAGGGAAUGCUUCAUCAAAUCAUCUGAAUGUGGCCUCAGAGAAGCAGGGUGCCCGGCCCCCCAAACAAAGGUUACUGGUGGUGGCGAACCGCCUCCCUGUCUCUGCCAUUCGAAAGAGUGAAGACUCAUGGACCCUCGAGAUAAGUGUAGGAGGCCUUGUUAGUGCUCUUCUGGGUAUCAAUGAGUUUGAAGCUCGAUGGAUAGGAUGGGCUGGAGUAAAUGUUCCUGAUGAAAUUGGGCAGAGGUCACUAACUAAAGCUUUGGCUGAAAAGCGGUGUAUUCCUGUGUUUCUUGAUGAAGAAAUUGUCCAUCAAUACUACAAUGGCUACUGUAACAACAUAUUGUGGCCACUUUUUCACUACCUUGGGCUUCCGCAAGAAGACAGGCUUGCAACCACGCGAAGUUUCCAGUCUCAGUUUGCUGCUUAUAAGAAAGCAAACCAGAUGUUUGCCGAUGUUGUAAAUGAGCAUUACAAGGAAGGGGAUGUUGUGUGGUGCCAUGAUUAUCAUUUGAUGUUUCUUCCCCAAUGCCUUAAACAGUAUAACAGCAAAAUGAAAGUCGGAUGGUUUCUACAUACACCUUUCCCCUCCUCGGAGAUUCACCGGACACUGCCAUCAAGAUCAGAGUUGUUAAGAUCUGUUCUUGCAGCUGAUUUGGUUGGAUUCCAUACGUAUGAUUAUGCAAGACAUUUUGUAAGUGCCUGCACUCGUAUUCUGGGUCUUGAAGGCACACCAGAUGGUGUGGAAGAUCAAGGAAAGUUAACACGUGUUGCUGCGUUUCCAAUUGGUAUAGAUUCUGAGCGCUUCAUACGAGCACUUGAGCAUCCGGGAGUGAAGGCUCACAUUAGAGAAUUAGAAGAGCGAUUUGAUGGGAGGAAGGUAAUGCUAGGGGUGGAUCGUCUGGACAUGAUUAAGGGAAUACCCCAAAAGAUCUUAGCAUUUGAAAAAUUCCUCGAAGAAAAUCCAAUUUGGCGUGACAAGGUUGUUCUAGUACAAAUAGCCGUACCAACACGAACAGAUGUUCCUGAGUAUCAGAAGCUCUCAUCCCAGGUUCAUGAAAUAGUUGGAAGAAUAAAUGGAAGAUUCGGAUCGCUUACGACUGUUCCUAUACAUCAUUUAGACAGAUCACUUGAUUUCCAGGCACUAUGUGCACUAUAUGCUGUCACUGAUGUUGCUCUGGUUACAUCUUUAAGGGACGGAAUGAAUCUUGUGAGCUACGAGUUUGUCGCCUGCCAAGCUUCAAAGAAAGGUGUACUCAUUCUAAGCGAGUUUGCCGGGGCAGCGCAGUCACUUGGCGCUGGAGCAAUUUUGGUGAACCCUUGGAAUAUUACAGAAGUUGCAGCAUCGAUCGGUUACGCCUUGACAAUGCCAGCUGACGAAAGGGAGAAGCGUCAUCGACACAAUUUCACCCAUGUCACUACUCACACGUCUCAAGAAUGGGCCGAGACUUUUGUGAGUGAGCUCAAUGAUACCGUUGUCGAAGCACAAUUGAGGACUCGACAAAUUCCUCCGCCUCUCCCUAAAGAAGAGGCCGUCCAGCAUUAUUUGAAUUCGAACAACCGAUUACUUAUUCUGGGUUUCAAUGCAACGCUGACAGAACCCGUAGAAACUCGAGGAAGAAGGAUCGAUCAGUUCAAGGAAAUGGAGCCUAAGUUGCACCCGGAUUUGAAAGAGCCCUUGAAAAAGCUUUGUAAUGAUCCGAAGACGACGACAAUUAUCCUCAGCGGAAGCGACAGGACUGUUCUUGACGAGAACUUCGGAGAGUUUAAUUUGUGGUUAGCUGCCGAGCAUGGGAUGUUUCUGCGCCGUACUACAGGAGAUUGGAUGACAACAAUGCCCGAAUACUUGAACAUGGAUUGGGUCGACAGCGUGAAGCACGUAUUCGAAUACUUUACUGAGAGAACGCCGCGCUCUCAUUUUGAGGUCCGCGAGACAUCGCUCGUUUGGAACUACAAACAUGCCGAUGUCGAUUUCGGUAAGCUUCAGUCGAAGGAUCUUCUGCAGCACCUCUGGACCGGCCCGAUCUCUAAUGCUUCCGUCGACGUUGUUCAAGGAGGACGAUCUGUCGAGGUUCGAGCAGUCGGAGUAACCAAGGGUGCUGCGAUUGAUCGAAUCCUCGGCGAGAUCGUUCAUCACAGCGACGUGAAAACUCCGAUCGACUACGUAUUGUGUAUUGGACAUUUUCUUCCGAAGGACGAAGACAUAUAUACAUUCUUCGAGCCAGAUCUUCCUUCUGCGCCAGCGCCGAGCGCUGCAAGAGCGAAGAUAGCGAACUCGUUCAACCGAUUUGCGUCGACAUCGACGGGGAUGCCUGCGUUUUGUCGCAAGAGUCCUCUGCUCUUCCCGUCGCCGGAGAAGCGGGCGAGCAAUGCGUUAGGCAACGGCGACUGGUGGUGCCGAAUGCGCGAAAACAUGAGCAUGCAUGAAGGGUCGUCGGUUCUUGAUCUUAAGGGCGACAAUUACUUCUCGUGCGCCGUGGGUCGAAAGCGCUCAAAUGCUCGGUAUUUGUUGGAAUCGUCGGCCGAGGUUGUGGCGCUGCUGAGAGAGCUCGCCGAUCGCCGGCCGCUGUGAUUCAUCCGUCACCGCCGCCGCCGCCCCCGUCGAUUGUGUUCUUCUUUUCUUACAAUAAUGGUUAGAAGAAGACCCAGGAAGAUUGGAGUUGGGAGAAUAAUGAAGUUGACUUUAAUUGCUACUACGUACUAGUGUUGACUGACUGUAGUUUUCACUUGAGACAAGGCAGCUGCGGGUUGUGUCGCCAUCGUGUAAUUCUCAACUUAUUUUCGUUGACUUGAAUUGAGUGUGUGUGUAAUAAUCCCACUUUUUCAUAAUGACAAAUUUUUAUUUUA